AUGGCAUUGUGGUUGAUUUUCUUGGAUCUGGCCUCAAAGUCACGAGAGUUACGUUCCAAGUAUAUUGCGUCUUGGGCCCAAAGAAGGUCCUCGAAGUUCUCGUCCAAGUACUCCUUGAACUUGGCUGUCGUCAACAACAACCACGAAAUUGUAUUUGUCACCGAGCUUUUUGAUUCUGAUCAAAUCAGGAGUUUUCAAAAGCGGGUUGGAUGGACACUCGCAAAACAGCGACAGAAUUCUUUCUCCGCCCUCCAGUCUCUUCUCCAAGUCGUCAAGCGAGUCGUCGUCUCCAAAUCCGUAGAAAUGAACACCGGCUCCCCACUUUUUGAGAAUGUUCAAUGUGUCAACGUACGGGAAUCCAAAACACACGGAUUUGAGGUCCUUGGAUUCCAUGGUGUUCAGCAACAAGUGGUGAGCAGUGAAGAUGGCAGUCAUACCAGAGGAACACAGGUAAACGUCAUCGUCGCUCAGCUCAGCAGAAUGGGUAGUCGCGAUUCUAUGUCUAAGGAUCGACUUUGCUUCUUUGGCGAAACGUAA